AUGUGGCAUGCCGAACGAAAAUAUCGAAUUACGGCUUCAAGCGUAGGACAGAUUUGUCGGUUUACCGAGAAACGAGAUAAAAAAGCUUUUGCCCAAGGACUGAUUGAUCCUAAACCAUUAAAUAAGCCACCAAUUAUAUGGGGAAAAUCUAAGGAAGUAAUGGCAAAGGACGCAUAUCAGCAGAAAACUGGCAACAAUAUUCAGCAAUGUGGUCUGUUUGUGUCUAUCAAAGAACCUUAUUUAGCUUCUUCUCCAGAUGGGCUGAUUGCACAAACAACAGUACUUGAAGUGAAAUGUCCUUGGAGCAUUAGAAAUAGUACAAUAUCACCUGAAAACUACAAACACAUUCAAUAUGUGAAAAAUGAUGGGUCUGUACGCCUCAAAAAGUCUAGUCCCUAUUAUUACCAAGUGCAAACACAACUCUUUACACCUGGAAGAGAUUUUUGUGAUUUUUUCAUAUGGACCACUUGCGAUAAUCUUCUUCUUCUGUGGAUUAAGAUGUCGAUUUAA